AUGGAGGUUAUCUCUGAGAGAACACAUAAGGAGAAUGAGGUGGCCUAUAUGGCCGACGAGCUUGGUGUCCACAGAAUCUGGAACAAGGGGAGCAACUUCGCUGUCUCCCUUCACCGUAGGUGUUCGGCUCUGAUGAUCAUCCCCGCCGUCCGAGUUGCUAACACGAGCAUAGUGUACACGCCGCCCAAUGUAGCCAAGGGUGGUUGCAACAUCUUCGAUCAGAAGACGGGCAAGAAGAGCCACAUUACCAAGUGUGGCUACUACUCCGCAUAUGGACGGUUGCUGAAAGAGUAG